AUGCUCCAACUUUUAUACUUCCAAUUUCACGUUUAUGAUUGCAAACACCAAAGAGUCAAUUCCUUUCAUGCCUCAACCUCAGAAGAUCAUUCCUCGGCAGAUCCCACUUACAAGACCUGUAUUGUGAGAGUAUCAAAUCAUGCUACGGAUGGGUUGUCAACUUUUGGUCGAAAUGAUUAUUCGCGUCGACAAUCGUUCAAUUCCAAUAGCACUCUACAGUUAGUUUAUGCCAUGGAUGGAUUUUGGCAUGUGUUUCGAACUGACACGAACGCCCAUGUGAAAAAGUUGAUUGGACCUGCUGCAGAUGCAGAACCUCAAUGGCAUCCAACAAAUCCAGAAGUAUUGUAUUAUUUACCAACGAAUGGGGUUGGAAUGAAGAUAUAUUCCAUUAACGUUAUCACUGGUAUCAUUACCACCGUUGCUGAUUUGGCGUCAAGAAUUAAGACCAGAUGGCCGUCGGCCAAUGCUGCAUGGACCAAGUCAGAGGGAAGUCCUUCCAAGGAUGCUCGGUUUUGGUGUUUCAUGGUUGAUGAUUCCAGCUGGAAUAGUGUGGGUGUGAUAUCUUAUGAUUUGGUUCAAGAUCAAAUCAUUGGAUUUUUAAAUACAAAUGGAGUAAGACCAGAUCAUGUGAGUGCAAGUCCAAGUGGUAAAUAUUGUGUGGUGUCGGGUGACGAUGCGAGUGGAACAGUUGCUCAUUCUUUGGAUUUUACUCAAAAGAAAAAAGUUCACACUAAAUCAGAACAUUCAGAUUUGGCUAUUAAUGAACUGGGAGAGGACAUCUAUGUAUCAAUUGAUUAUCAAGCCAAUGGUGGUGAUGUAUUUAUGACAAAUCUUAAAACUGGACAAAGAACCAAUCUCUUUCCAACCUAUAUUGAUGGAUCAACCACUGCAUUGCAUGUGAGUGGAAAAGGUUAUAAUGUCCCUGGAUGGGUUGUCAUUUCAACAUAUGCAAUGAGUGGCCCUCGUCAAUGGUUGCAUGACAAGAUUCUUUUAGUUCCUUUGAACGUAUCAAAGCCAAUUUACGCUCUUGCUCAUCAUCGUUCCAUUUCCAACGGUUACUGGACUGAACCACAUGCUAGCGUUAACCGUGAUUUAACCAUGAUUGCAUUUACUUCCAAUUGGAAUGUUAAUAGUGCUGAAAACGUUGACGCAUAUCGUAUUGAAAUUCCAUCCUUAGUUGCAAGUCCCAAAAACAGUUCCAAUAACACAAACAACGGUAAUAAUACUGCAAACAGUACUGAAAGAAGUACCGUAAGAGUUGGAAGUGCAUCCACCUCAAGUUGUAUUAGAUCCUUUUUGACUUUGAUCGUUUGCUGUUUUUUAAUUUUAUAA